AUGCCGGUGUCAUCUAAUAUUAGACCCAUACCCCAUAUCACUAUUAAACCCCGCAUGCUUAUAAAUUGGGCGACAAGUGCCAGGCAUUGGUACGAUCAGAUCCUCAUGAUAGGUUUCUCCGGAGGCGGCCAGUUCACCCAUCACUUCCUCUACCUGUAUCCUGAGCGUCUUGUAGCCGCCAGCAUCGGCGCACCGGGCAGGGUGACCCUGCUCGACGCGGAACAGCCAUGGCCUGUCGGGAUCGCUGAUGUCCAGAGCCGAUUUUGUCGGACAAUUGACAUACAGCGCAUUCGUCACGUCGCUACUCAGUUGAUUGUUGGCGCGGCGGAUGAUGAAAUCCAUGGCGGACCUGAGUUUAUGAAAUGGGUGAGCCGGUUCCGGAAGCAGGACAAAGACAAAGCGUUACAGCCGGAGUCCCAUCUUCCCUUGAUGAAUCAGGACCGCGCGCAGUCCAUGCAGAGUCUGCAUAAAUCAUGGUAG